UCCCCGUCGCCGCCGCCGCCGCCGCCUCGCCAGCCAGAGUUGGGCUCCGUGGGCUUCCCCCCUCGCAGCCUCGGUCCUUCCCCGCUGCCUGCAAGUCAGCCUGGCUCCGAGUCACGUGUCAGUGCCUGAGGCAGAGACUGCGAGGAAAAAAACGCGCUUCAUUCCUUCUUCCACCGCCAUACUGUAUUUUAUACUAAAUCUCAUUUUUAUUACAACAUUUUACUCCCGCUCGGUGAGUACCUUCUCAGUGGCAUUCUUGUCCUAUUCUUUUUUUUUUUUGUCCUUUUUUUUUGUUUUUUGUUUUUUGUUUUUUUGUUUUUGUUUUUUUUUCUUUUUUUCCACUUCUUUGAUUAUUGUUUAUAUUUGGGAAAGCUGGAGGAGCAUGAUUUUGAGCCUUUUCCUGAAUCCAAGUUUUUCUAGCAUGCGAUCGUUCUGUAGACAAGGCGCUGUGUCUCGGAGUCCGCGGCGACCGUGCCCGCUGGGAGCGUCUCCCAAGUCCAGCAAAAUGUGCAACUGGUUUUAUGGAAAAAGCGAUGUGAAGUAUGGUGCCUAUUUUUUUCCUUUGUAAAAAUAAAAAGCAUGUUUCUAACUCUUUUUUUGCAUACUCUUUUUCUGAUAACAUUUUUGUAUAGGUGGGAUUUUACAGCAGUGUUUACAAGUUUGUGGUCUUGCAAUACUGGUGCAAACCACUGAGCAAAGACAUUAAUUUUAUAUUUUUGUGCCCUUUUUGGAAGCCGGUGAGAACAAAUUCGUUUUUUUCCCUCCUGUUUUUGAUACCCAUUGAUAACAUGAAACUUUUCUUACAGCUGGUGACUGGGAUCAUUUUUAAGCAAAAUACUUUUUUCCUCCUUUAAAUUAACUAUGACUUUUGCACAUUUGACUUUUUUAAAAAAACCGAGAUAAUUUUAUGAUAGAUAUCCUGAUAUCUAUAUCUAUAUUGUCCCUUAUUUCUCCCCCUUCUCUCCCCGUAAAUCAAUUUUCAAAUGAUGGCAGUGGAAGGUUUUUCUGGAAAAAAAAAAAAAAAAAAAAAAAAAAGAAGUGCGGUUUGGUUUCCUUGUCAACGGAGGAUGAAGUGAACAGCUGAGCAGCUCGCAGAGAGCAGGAUUAAAGCAAGGAGAGCCAAUCAUGACUGGCAAAACACAGACCAGCAAUGUCACCAAUAAGAAUGACCCCAAGUCCAUCAACUCCCGUGUUUUCAUUGGCAAUCUAAAUACGGCAAUUGUCAAGAAAGUUGACAUUGAAGCCAUUUUUUCAAAGUAUGGAAAAAUAGUUGGAUGCUCUGUUCACAAAGGUUAUGCAUUUGUACAGUACAUGAGUGAGCGACAUGCAAGAGCUGCAGUGGCUGGAGAAAAUGCCAGAGUCAUCGCCGGCCAACCACUUGAUAUCAACAUGGCAGGAGAGCCCAAACCAUACAGACCAAAACCUGGAAACAAGAGGCCCCUUUCUGCACUUUACAGACUUGAAUCAAAGGAACCUUUCCUGUCUGUUGGCGGUUAUGUCUUUGACUAUGAUUACUACAGAGAUGAUUUCUACAACCGGUUAUUUGAUUACCACGGGCGUGUGCCUCCACCUCCCCGUGCAGUAAUUCCACUGAAGCGUCCCAGAGUGGCAGUCACGACGACUCGCAGGGGGAAAGGAGUCUUUUCCAUGAAAGGUGGAUCGAGAUCUACUGCCAGUGGGUCAACAGGCUCUAAAUUGAAAUCAGAUGAGUUACAGACCAUCAAGAAAGAAUUAACCCAGAUCAAAACUAAAAUUGACUCCUUGCUAGGGCGCCUGGAGAAGAUUGAGAAACAGCAGAAGGCGGAGGCAGAAGCUCAGAAGAAGCAAUUGGAAGAGAGUCUAGUGCUGAUCCAAGAGGAAUGUGUGUCAGAGAUUGCAGAUCACUCUACAGAGGAGCCUGCUGAAGGAGGGCCAGAUGCUGAUGGAGAAGAGAUGACAGAUGGGAUAGAGGAGGACUUCGAUGAAGAUGGGGGUCAUGAGCUGUUUCUGCAGAUAAAGUGAUCUGAAAUAACGCAUGAUGCCGCAAAGCAGAAGAGAAACUGUGACAACCCCCAGAAAUGUGAAAGGAGGUUUCUUACUGGACAGCAGCAUCUUUGGUUCAAUUUAUAUAAAAACCCAAAUAAAUAAAAUGGACAGUAUUGCUCAAUUUUAGAAUUCCAUUUCUUCUAUGUUUUAAGCUGUACAAUUGUCAGGUUUUUAUGGUUUAAAUUGUAAAUGUGUUUUCCCCUUUGCUAAUUAUGUUUUUUUUUUUAGUCUUAAAAUGUGAAAGGCAUUUAUGAAUGGUAAGGGAGACACUAUAUACAAAUGUAUAUUUGUAAAAGCUAUUUUUAUGAUUAGCAUGUUUCACUGUUGAUCAUAUAUAAAAGGUGAUAUUGCAAUUCUGUAUUUAAAGCUUAUUUCCAACAAUGUCAUGUAAGAAAAUAUGCAUCUUAUGCUAGUUUUUAUAAUUUAUUUUUAAUUUAUAGUUUAAAGUACUUGAGAUCAUAAUGAUAAAAUACUUGAAAAAGUUAUAUUUCUGCCCUGUAUAAGCACCCUUUUUAUUAAUAAAGAAUGCAGAUAUUUCAGAUGUGAUAUUAUAGUUAAAGAACUGUUGGUUUGAUCUGUGAUUAAGUUGAGCAUGCUCCGCUCUACAGAACUAAAGUGAUCCAAUUAUUCAGUCUGGGUAUGAGAUUCCAUGGACAGGUUUUAGUGUUCAUACAAGUAAGGACUAAAUUGCCAAGGAAAAGACUGUCUUGCCCUUGGAUCCAAAAGUUUAAAUUAGUGCAUACUCAUGUCAUUUCACCUCCUGUUCCUAGGAACUCUCCAUUCCCAAGCAUUGCAAGUGUUUUCCAGAUAAUCUUAGCUGUUGUCUUGUGCUGUGGAAAUGGAAGAAACCAUCUUCACAGACUGUAGGAGAAUUCAACAUAUAAUUUCUUAAUAAAUACUGUUUCUUUUAAAACAAA